AACGCCUCCGCCAGGAAGGGGCCCGAGGGCAAGUACCCGCUGCACUACCUCGUGUGGCACAACCGCCACCGCGAGCUGGAGAAGGAGGUCCGCGCCGGCCAGGUGGACAUCGAGCAGCUGGAUCCCCGUGGUCGGACCCCUCUGCACCUGGCUACCACGCUGGGGCACCUCGAGUGUGCCCGGGUGCUCCUGGCGCACGGCGCAGACGUGGGCAGGGAGAAUCGCAGUGGCUGGACAGUGCUUCAGGAGGCUGUGAGUACCCGGGACCUGGAGCUCGUGCAGCUGGUGCUGCGGUACCGGGACUACCAGCGGGUGGUGAAGCGGCUGGCGGGCAUCCCCGUGCUCCUGGAGAAGCUGCGCAAGGCCCAGGACUUCUACGUGGAGAUGAAAUGGGAGUUCACCAGCUGGGUGCCCCUGGUGUCCAAGAUCUGCCCUAGUGACACCUACAAAGUGUGGAAGAGUGGGCAGAACCUGAGGGUGGACACCACACUCCUGGGCUUUGACCACAUGACAUGGCAGCGAGGGAACCGCAGCUUCGUCUUCAGGGGCCAAGACACGAGCGCUGUGGUCAUGGAGAUUGACCACGACCGCCGCGUAGUGUAUACAGAGACGCUGGCACUGGCUGGGCAGGACCGGGAGCUGCUGCUGGCCGCCGCCCAGCCCACCGAGGAGCAGGUGCUGAGCCGGCUCACUGCGCCUGUCGUCACCACACAGCUCGACACCAAGAACAUCUCCUUUGAGAGGAACAAGACUGGCAUCCUGGGCUGGCGCAGUGAGAAGACCGAGGUGGUGAACGGGUAUGAAGCCAAGGUAUAUGGGGCGUCCAAUGUGGAGCUCAUCACUCGGACCCGCACAGAGCACCUUUCUGAACAGCACAAAGGCAAGGUCAAAGGCUGUAAGACGCCUCUGCAGUCCUUCCUGGGAAUUGCUGAGCAGCAUGGGGGCCCCCAAAAUGGGACCCUGAUCACUCAGACUCUGAGCCAAGCCAACCCCACUGCCAUCACUGCAGAAGAAUACUUCAACCCCAACUUUGAGCUUGGCAACCGUGACAUGGGCCGCCCCAUGGAACUGACUACCAAGACACAGAAGUUCAAGGCCAAGCUGUGGCUGUGCGAGGAGCAUCCCCUGUCCCUGUGUGAGCAGGUGGCCCCCAUCAUUGACCUCAUGGCGGUCAGCAAUGCGCUUUUUGCCAAGCUCCGGGACUUCAUCACCCUGCGCCUGCCUCCUGGCUUCCCAGUCAAGAUUGAAAUCCCGAUCUUCCACAUUCUCAAUGCCCGCAUCACCUUUGGGAACCUCAAUGGCUGCGACGAGCCGGUGCCAUCGGUGCGAGGCAGCCCCCGCAGCGAGACCCCCUCGUGCCGCGGCUGUGAGAUCUCCCCGGCCUUGUUUGAGGCCCCGCGUGGCUACAGCGUGUUGGGUGGUCAGCGGGAGGCAGCGACCCGUGACGACGAUGACGACCUCCUGCAGUUCGCCAUCCAGCAGAGCCUGCUUGAGGCGGGCAGUGAGUACGACCAGGUCACCAUCUGGGAGGCACUAACCAACAGCAAGCCAGGCACCCACCCCAUGUCCUGUGAGGGUCACCGACAGGACAGCUGCGGCUGGCGAUGGAGCUGUCAGCGCAGGAGCAGGAGGAGCGGCGGCGGCGCGCGCGCAGGGAGGAGGAGGAGCUGGAGCGCAUCCUGCGGCUGUCCCUCACCGAGCAGUAGCGCCCCCUGCCGGGCCC